GUGCAGCAUCAAGAUUUUGAACCCCACCCCCCCCACCGUCACAGUCACAAAACUCUGUUCUUGACUUGUUACAGCAGCAGGCGAUGCUUCUCAUCUGUUUCAUUCAUCACUCUUGGUCACUGCCACUUUGACAUAGAUCAACAGCUUUCAUCUUCUCCGCUUGUGAUAUCACAGGAUUGCUUUCCUAUAACCCCAACCACUCAGAAAGUGGUGGGUCAGCAUGCAGUAGAAUUUUCUUCUGCUUUGCAAAAGCAGGUCAGCAGGGGAAGAAAAAGAGAUCGAGCUUCGACCUACCCUACCCUCCUGCUUCCCACCAUCAUCCAUCUCCCUUUAUAAGCACCCCUCCUGCCUCUCAUCUCUUCCCCCUUUCCCCUCUCCUUGUCUGUCUUUGUCUUGUUGGCAUCUCCUUCUCUGCAUCUGUUGUCUAUCUUCUCCUGUGCCACUAACGACCUGAGUCUGCACCACAGAGUACCAAGACAAGGAUAUGCAUCAGGACCACGUUGAUGACAGCAUCUCUAUGGAGUACUGCUGCUUGAGCUCCGUGCUGGUCCGACUCCUUACGAAGGCUGCGCUCGUCUUGUCGCUGAUGGUCAAGUGGCUCCUCUUUCCCUGCUACGACUGGUGGCCUACUUCCUCCUCCGCCGCCGUCGCCGCGUCUUCGGAAGGCAUCAAAGGAGCCGAGGCCAGAGCCCGUCACCGCGCCGCCGCCCAGGCGGUGAGGGAAGGGCUUCGGGUCUCGACCUACGGGGAGCUGGUGGCAGAGCAGGAGGAGGCGGCCGCCGCGACGUGCGCGGUGUGCCUGAGCGAGGUGGGUCGGCGGGAGCGGGUGUGGGAGCUGAGGAACUGCAGGCAUGUGUUCCACCAGGGGUGCCUAGACCGGUGGCUCGACCACGACGAGCACCUCAGCUGCCCGCUCUGCCGCGAGCCGCUCCUCGCCCGGCGCUCGACCGCCGGGGCUUCUCCGCUUCCUCCUCCGCCACCGCCGCCGUCGGAACCCAGCUGGGCCGUGGAGCGUCUCCUGUACUUCUUCGGAGACGACCUCCUCCUCCAUGCUCCUGCUCCUCUUCCUUCGUAGCUUCAUCGGGGCUCGGACACAUACAUGACAUGACAUGUACCACUGCCGUAUAGCCAUCCAUGUUCACCAUUUUUAGUCUAAUAUUUGUUAAUACAUCUAAAUAUUAUCGUUAUUAUUAUUUUGUA